AUGGCUGAAAGGAUUAACUGGGCCUCUUUACGAGAACUCGUGAGUGGCGUGAACAAGCACUUCACAGUUCUGGGGCGCGUGUGGCUGACUGUGCUUUUCAUCUUCCGUUUCCUGGUCUAUGCGGUGGCAGCCAAGGAUGUCUGGGCUGAUGACCAACAUGACUUUGUGUGCAACACCCUUCAGCCGGGCUGCACCAACAGCUGCUAAAACCAGUUCUUCCCCAUCUCUCACAUCCGUCUCUGGGCCCUCCAGCUCAUCUUUGUGACCUGCCCUUCUCUCCUCGUUCUCAUGCAUGUGGCAUAUCGGAAAGCCAAGGAGCAGAAGCACUUGGAAGAAGCAGGAGAACACUGCCACCCACGCUACCCCAACCCUGGUAAGAAGCGUGGAGACCUAUGGUGGACCUAUCUCCUCAGCCUCAUCAUGAAGGCAGCUGUAGAUCUCAUCUUCAUCUACACCUUCCACUGCCUCUAUCGCAACUUUGAUCUUCCAAGAGUGGUGAAGUGUGCCGUGGCCCCCUGCCCCAAUACGGUGGACUGCUUCAUUGCCAGGCCUACAGAGAAGAGGCUCUUCACAUAUUUCAUGGUUGCUAUGGCCAUGCUGUGUGUCCUUCUCAACCUCAGUGAGGUGGCCUACUUGGUCAUCAACAGAUGCAGCAAGCUUGCAGCAUCCAAGAGCCCCGCAGAAAUGGGUGAAAUGGAGACUCACAUCUCCUUCCAGUCAAUAUCAGAGAAGAAUCGCUUUCUUUAA